GUACCUGGUGGCCAGACCAUUCUACCUUGCCUCCUUCCUUGGAGACUCACCACAUCCGAUCCUCCACUCUGGCCUGUCCACCAUGCCGGCAGCGACCAGUCGCCCCGCUGCGGCCUCGUCGUCCCUGCAAGCCGACCCUUCCUCGUCUUCGACCAUUGUUCACUUCAAGGGCCACAUCAACUUCCGUGCCCGUCUAGUCCUCUCCCUUCUCUCCGCCCGCCCUAUCAUCAUCACCGCUAUCCGUCCCAAUGCUCUCUCUCCCGGUCUUAAAGACUUCGAGGCUUCCUUUUUGAGGCUCAUCGAGAAGAUCACCAAUGGCUCGAAAGUGGAGAUUAGCUACACGGGUACUACGGUCAAGUUCCUUCCCGGGACCAUUGCGGGUGGCAGUGUGACGCACGAUUGUGGUACCUCGCGAGGCAUUGGCUACUUUCUCGAAUGGAUUGCCAUUCUGGCUCCUUUUGCAAAGAAGGAAAUGACGCUUACCCUCAAGGGUCUCACAAGUGUAGAGGGGGACAUGGGCGCAGAUCUACUGCGUACCGUGCAUCUACCCUGGCUUGCCCAAUUCCUUCCUCCUGCCACCUCACUCGCAUCCCCUCUCGAGCUUCGCAUCCUAAAGCGAGGUCAUGCCCCGCUCGGAGGAGGUGAAGUCUUCUUCCGCUGUCCACUACUGCCCAAUGUCUCCUCGGCAGGUCCAGCAGGAGGAGGAAUGAGCGGUUCAGGCGGUGGAGGCGGUAUGCUCCGUUCGGUCAACUUUGUCAAUGCAGGCAAGGUCAAGAGGAUACGUGGAAUUGCUACGGCGGCGAGGGUUAGUCCUGCCAUGGCAAACCGAAUGGUGGAGAGGGCGAGGAAGAUCCUCAAUCGAUAUGUACCCGAUUUGUACAUCUUUGCAGACGUGUACAGGGGCGAUGAGUCUGGAAAAUCACCCGGCUUCUCCCUCUCCCUCCUGACCCAAUCCACCACCUCCUCAACCCACUAUUCCGAAUCACACUCCACCCCUGGUGCAAUUCCAGAAGAAGUAGCCAUUUCCUGUGUCCACUCUCUCCUUUCUUCACUACAAACUGGAGGUUGUGUACCACCAUCAUUACAGGCGGGGACAUUGUUGAUGAUGGCUUCUUCACCAGAGGAUGUUUCGAGGGUCAAGGUUGGAACGCUUGUGCCUGGAGCGAUACAGAUGAUGAGGGACCUAGAGUCGCUCUGGGGACUUCGGUUCCUCAUACGCAGAGUGGAACAGGAGACACAGGAGGGAGCGGGUCUUCCCCAAGAGGAGGCGGGAGAAGAAGAAGAGGAAGACAGUGAAGAUGAUAGUGAAGAUAGCGAUGACCAAGGGGUGGUACUCAAGCGACAGUCCCGCUCUCGACCAAGUGCCGUCGCGAGCAUGGCAGACGAGUUUGUCCUGAGUUGUAGAGGCGUGGGAGUGCGUGGACAUAGGAAGGCGACGUGAGCGUCCUCUGUAUCUUGCACUUUGUACCUCGUCUGCUUCUCACGCCUCUCACGUGCACAAGGGAGCAUUGUGUCUAGUUUGCUCCUUGUCAUCGGCUUCCUUCCUUCCUUGUAACAAUAGCAAAAUUGAUGCAGACCACACUUGUC